AUGGGUAAAUGUUGUUCAAAAGGUCAUCUCGAAGAUACUGGCAAUGUUAAUUUGCCAACAUCGGCGGCACAAUUAACACAAAUUCGACGAUCACAUUCUUUAACUUUAUUGCUGUCUGGUGGCAAAUUACUUGCCUCUGUGAGCGAGAAUCCAAUACCAGCUAAUAAUGAAGAAAUUGACCGAUUACAAACUCUGCAUUAUUUAUUUCAAUCAUUGUGGCAUAGCGACUAUUCAUCUCCAAUUGAAGAUUCAUUGAAAUCGGGUGGAUUACACGUUUUAGAUGUUGGAUGUGGACCGGGAACAUGGAUCCUCGAAAUGGCAGUGAAAUACAAAUUAUCCCAUUUUACAGGCGUUGAUGUAGCCACAAUGUUUCCAAAUGACAUUAAACCACGCAAUGUUACUUUUGUUGAAGGAAAUCUGAUAAAAGGAUUAAAUUUCGUGGAUAAUACUUUUGAUUUUGUGUAUAUGCGAUUUUCUGUUAUGGCAUAUACCGAUAAACAAUGGGAAGAAAUAGUGGUGAAUGAAUUAAUUCGGAUUACAAAGCCUGGAGGUUGGAUCGAAUUUAUGGAGACGGAUAUACGUUUUGAAAAUCAGGGACCAGCUGCAUCUCAACUACAGAAUUACUAUAAAGAAUUCUCGUAUUCAAAAGGAAUAAAUAACGAAACUUCAUUAUCUACACACAUAACACGAUAUUUCGAAUCAACAAAUCAAGUGAACGCCUUGAAAGUAAAUCGAGAAGAACGAAAAGAGCCAAUUGGAAAAUGGGGAGGACGAUUUGGUGAACUCGUGAUAAAUAAUUUUGUUACGUUUUAUCGUCUUCUACGGCCUCACCUUGCUCCGAUAAUGGGCAUAACAAUCGACGAAUACGAAGAAAUUGUUGAAACAUUUAUCAAGGAAGUCGAAGAAUACAAAACAUAUGCAAAUAUUUUUCGAUGCUUUGCACAAAAGAAAGACAUUCUAAUCAAUGCAGAAAUAGCAGCAACAUCAUUAACAUCAUCACACUUAUGGUUACAGUCAGAGCAGUCAGAACAGUCGCGGUUUGGAUCUGUGCAGUCGACAGAGCAAUUUAUAGAAGAUAUGCACGAUUAG